AACAAUUUCUCAGAAUCAUUUAAUUCUAUGAGUUCUAAUAUGAGAGAUAAACCAAUAAUCCAACUAGGCAUGAUGUAUGGUCAGUUAGUAAUGGGUUUGUUAUUUAAGAGAAGGGAAGAAUCUGCUAAGUGGAAUCAAAAUGAUUUGGUCCCUGCUGCUGUUAAGUUGAUAAAUAAGAUGCUUGACUUGGUUGGGAAGUUUGAUACAGAAGGAAGUGUGGUUGGACAGGUUUAUUUGGUAACUAAUGUGUCUACCAAGAAAAUUUUCACAGUGAACAUUGUAGACAAACAAUGCACUUGUUUGCAAUGGCAGCUAAGGGGAUUCCCUUGUCAACAUGUUGUAUGUGCAUUGAAACUGCUCAGGCCAAACUGGAAAGAUUAUUGUGCUCCUUACUACUCUGUGGAAUAUUAUAGGACCAUAUAUGCAGAUGUUGUAAAUCCACUAGAAGACAUAAGUGAAUGGAACUGGGAAGAUAAGGCAUCCAUGGACAUCAACUUAAAGCCUCCUCCUUAUCAAAGAAAAACUGGAAGACCAGCAAAGAAGAGGAAGAGGAGCUAUGAUGAACCUGAAACUGUGGUGAAGAAAAGGAAAUGUGGAAAGUGUGGAUCUACUGCUGGUCAUAAUAAGAGAACCUGUGCUGGUGGUGAUGUUGGUAAAAACCCAACUGGAUUCAUGCCAAGCACCGAGUAUGAUGCUGCAAACUGCACCUUCACUAGUAGAGAUCAUCCUGAAAGUAGCAGUGCAAGGGGUAAAGCAAAGGUGAACAAAUCCAGAGGUACAUCUUCAUUUGUUGGUGAGUCAACAGGACCUAAAAACUUUGGAAGAGCACCAGCAGAACCUAGCACCCAUGGAUCUACACAAGAUGUUCUGAAUUUCAGUCAGAACUUUACUGGUAUUGGAUCUGUUAGUCAACAUAUUCCUGUCACAAAGGGAAAGCAAAGCAAGGCUAAGAAGAAGUAGAAGUGUGUGUGUGCUUCUUGUUGUGUUAGAUCUUUUUUUUUUGCUUUAGACACUGAUAUCAUAGUGUUAGAUCUGUUUUUUUAUGUACCAGAAUUCAGUUUUAUUUUGAUGGAUAAUCUUACUUUAUGAAUGGAAAUGAUAUUAGUUAAGAACUAAUUACAUG